CGACACAAACACCACCAUUCCCACGGCACCCGACCCGACUUCCGCCGACAAUGUCUCCGCCCUCGGAUAACUGCCCGACGUUUCUCAACAAGAAGGCUGCAACUGUGCGAGUGCAGAGGCGCCGCGCUCCAAGCCGGCUUCCUGCUGUCGCAGCGUGGCUGUCCUGUGCCAUCUGCCAAGGUG